CUUCCGGGUUACAAGUCAUUUUGCCGAGUCUUUCAUCAGAAAGUUCUCUCUUUCGUUUCCGUCUAAUUAAGCAAAAUGCCGACGAUUGGUGUGAAACGGGAUCUUCUUUUCCAAGCUCUUGGAACGACAAUGACCGAUGAAGAAUUUGAUGAAUUGUGUUUUGAGUUUGGUUUGGAACUUGAUGAAGUGACAUCUGAAAAAGGCAUGUUGAUACGGGAACAAGGUGAUGAUAAAGGCAUUGAUGCGUCUGAUGCUGUCAUAUAUCGAGUGGAAGUCCCAGCCAACAGUAACAUUCCUGUUAAUGCUACUAAAAGACUAGUUGCUAGUGAUCAUUCGAAGAUUUCUUUGAAAACCAAAAAUAUCUUCAUAGAAAGUACUGCUACUGACCUAACCAAGGCCAAGGUCGUCUUGGAUACAUUGGUUACUAUGUUCUGUGGAUACUGCACUCAACCCUUUAUAGUUGAAUCUGUUGAGGUCAUCAACCCCGAUGGCAGUAAGGUCAUCUAUCCACAGCUGCAGUACAGACAUGAAGUCAUUUCAGUGAAGAAAACAAACAAAGCUAUCGGCAUCAGUGAGAGCGCAGAUACGCUGGCACGGUUACUGACCCGGAUGUGUUUGAAGUCUGAAGUUAUAGACAAUGGUGAAAACAUCAAAGUUGAAGUUCCUCCAACCAGGCAUGAUGUUAUACAUGCAUGCGACAUCUAUGAAGACGCAGCGAUAGCAUAUGGCUACAAUAACAUCACAGAAACCCUGCCAAAAUGUGCUACUAUAGGUGAACAAUUCCCCAUUAAUAAAUUAACUGAUCUACUAAGGAAGGAUUUAGCAGCAGCUGGAUUUACUGAGGCACUGACAUUUGCACUUUGUUCAAGAGAAGAUAUUGCUGACAAACUAAACAAGGAUUUGGCAAACACAAAAGCUGUGCAUAUAAGCAACCCUAAAACUGCAGAAUUUCAGGUUGCCAGGACAACAUUGUUACCAGGGUUACUGAAAACUCUGAGCUCAAAUAAAAAGAUGCCAUUGCCUUUGAAGCUGUUUGAAAUAUCAGAUAUUGUGGUGCAAGACGCUGAUAAAGAUGUUGGUGCUAGAAAUUACAGAAAAUUAUGUGCUGUUUAUUACAACAAAAGUCCAGGUUUCGAGGUGAUACAUGGUCUUCUAGAUAGAACAAUGAAAAUAUUAGAAGUUCCUCUAAAAAAAGACAAUACAGGUUACUACAUACGCAGUGCUGAUGAUGCUACUUACUUUCCCGGGCGUUGUGCUGAGAUUGUUGUCUAUGGAAACGUGAUUGGCAAAUUGGGCGUACUGCACCCAGAUGUCAUCACAAAGUUUGAACUUUCUCUUCCGUGUUCGACAUUUGAAAUUGAUCUACAUCCAUUCCUUUAAGCUAUUCAUUCAAUCCGCUACAUGAAAUUAACAAUAGAAGAGAAUGAUGAAAAAUACAUUAAUUGAGAUCGCUGUUCAUUCCUCCCUGUAGCAAUGUCACCUCUGGGUUGAGUGUUUGAUAUAGUGCUACAUAUGUUAUCGAGUGAUCCUCUAUGCUAAUAUUCUUUCUAAAUGCACUUGUUUUGCCAUUAUAUAGUGACACUAUAUUUUGUUCUUAAAGAUAAUUGUGACCAUGAAGUCAACAUCGUUAUCAUGUCGCAGUCAUUGCUGACGAUUUGCUUUCAAAACCAUGCUUUCACAUUGACAAAACGUAUCGUAUCAUUGCAGUCGUACUGAAAGCAAAUUAAUCAGCAACAGCCACUGUACAAUUUAUAUAGUAUAUACCUUCUUCAUAUUAUUGGAUUUUAUUCAAGUAAAUUAAACUAUUACUGUUGAACCAAA